UGCAUAAAUUUAGAAUAGAAUAGACAACAACAUUGAAUUCUCUUCGCGAAAAAGUUGAGUGCGCCAUACCAAUAUUUACAUUCGUCGUGUGAAAACUGAUAUUAUUUAACUGAACGUAAAAUCAUGGGUGUUCCGCUCACAAUUGGAAUUUUGUUCACCCUUGUUGUGAUUAUUCUGCCGCAAUCUACCACCGCAAUCAAGUGUUUUCAAUGUCGAGACGAGUCUGAUUGUGGUAGCGAUCACUAUUUCAGAAGCGAUUUCGAACACAAGAUCGAUAAAUUUGUUAACGAAGGAUGCUCGUUCAAUCCUGAAUAUAUUCCAGCCUGCAAGUAUGUCAUCAAUAAAAGUUCAGUUGUGCGAGAACGUGGGUGCGGCGGUGUAGGCGUAACGAGUCGUCAGACGUUUUGCAAAAACCGAUACGCAGAUGUGGUGGAAUGCUAUUGCACUACAGACUGGUGCAACGGCAUCGAUGCAUCGAACACGGCUGUAAGUGCAGCCGAAGAACAUUUCAGACGGCUAGAAGCGGCAAAACAAGCGGAAAAUAAGGUGCAAACCGGUGGUGCGUCGCACACUACAUUUAGUAUGUUUGGGAUAGCUUUGAUCAUCGCUUUGAGUUUGAUUUGUGGCUAAGAAGUUGUUCGAGAAAUCGAUGCAAGUAAUUGUGUACAUUACGAUUAAGUUUAAACUAUAAAGUCCACCACAUUGUACGUCCCCUCUUCUUUUUGAGGAAUAAAGAAAAAACCUUUUCAUUAAAACAAAUGGUCCAGCGAA